CCGGGGACUUUAAUAAUACGUUGCAUUCUUUUAAAGAUAUAUGAAUUACAUAAAUUACAAUGCUGCAUAUUUUACCUAAUGGCUAUUUCGAAGGGAUAUAUCCCCCCCAGGUCCUCCCUCGACCACCCCCAACCAUGGCUGCUGUAGAUCCCUUGCCUGCAGAUGGCCCAUCCGUCACCCUUACCAUCCGACUCAUUAUGCAGGGAAAGGAAGUUGGAAGUAUCAUAGGAAAGAAAGGAGACAAUAUCAAGAAAUUCAGAGAAGAGAGUGGUGCAAAAAUUAAUAUAUCCGACGGAUCCUGUCCUGAGCGCAUAGUCACAGUAACCGGGUGUACUGAUGCCAUCCUCAAGGCAUUUUCUCUUAUUGCGAGGAAAUUUGAAGAGGAUCUGCAAAACACUACUGCCGGAAUCAAUGUUCCGAAACCUCCAGUCACAUUGCGGCUCAUAGUCCCUGCUAGUCAGUGUGGUUCCCUCAUCGGAAAAGGUGGCUCGAAAAUCAAAGAAAUAAGAGAGGUGACGGGAGCCUCCAUACAAGUAGCUAGUGAAAUGCUACCCAAUUCGACGGAACGAGCUGUCACACUUUCGGGUACAGCGGAAGCCAUCAGCAAAUGCAUAUACCAAAUAUGCUGCGUAAUGAUGGAAUCCCCUCCGAAAGGAGCGACAAUACCUUACCGUCCAAAGCCAGCCAUGCCCCCUGUAAUCUUUGCCGGAGGUCAAGCUUAUACAGUACAAGGACAGUACGCAAUUCCACACCCAGAUUGUCAAGGGGUAGAGUUAAUGAAUCCUCAGCUAACCAAGCUUCACCAGUUAGCUCUGCAACAUGCCCCAUUGUUACCAGGCCAUAGCGUCGGAACUCUUAGUCCGCAAGGAUCACUUUGUAUCCCGGCUUUGGCAACUUUAGCUGCAACCAAUAGCUUACGACCUGGUACUGCUGCCACUGCUUUAGCAAGUGUUACGACAACCACAACAGAAAUGAACAUCCCUAACGAUUUGAUUGGUUGCGUUAUCGGCAAAGGAGGGGCAAAGAUUAAUGAAAUCAGGCAGCUCUCAGGUGCUACCAUCAAAAUUUCUAAUUCCGAAGAAGGAUCCAAAGACAGAACUGUUGCUAUUUCGGGAACACCAGAGGCUAUAAAUCUUGCCCAAUACCUCAUAAAUACCAGUAUUCAUAGUGCUCAGUUACCACUGCUGUGGAAGAACGUGCCAACAGCCCCACUAAAGUAAUCCUUUCUCUUUCUCCAUUUAUUGCACCUUAGUCUUGUCAGUUUCUGCUUCUCUUUUAGAUUAGUGUUUCCUCAACUCCUGGAAGACCUCCUAUUCUCCCUCCUUGGUAAAGAGUCCAGCACCUGAUUACUCGAAUCUCCUGAUGUCAAUCCCGCUACCUGUAUCUGGCAAUAAGAAUUCAUCCCUAGGCUCCUGACAGGAAAAUCCUUCUGUAUCGACUAACGGACCCUUGGACAAUCGAAACUUUUAUUUACUAUUUACGCUUAUAUAUACAUACAUAUAUAUAUACUUCUAUAUAUAUAUAUACAUGCAAAGAACCAAAAGCUAUUUAAGCCUAAAAGAAACAUAUCAAGCCUGUUUUCAGGGUAAAAUUGUAAAAAGCUAAAAAAAAAAAAAUUGUAUCUGUUAAACAGAGUUUUACAAAGUUGCUAGGAACUAAGUGCCUGCUGCCGAAGGUGGAAGUCAGUGUAGGCAACUCGAUCCCUUUUUCAGCAACAUAUCUUCGCUCCCAUUAUCAGAUUCAAAUGUUAAAGUUUAAUCGUUAUCACUGUUUCCCUUCCCUUUCCAACCCAUAAUAAGAACGUGCCAAAAAAUGUAUACAUUUCCUAAACGUUGUACCAUCUUAGAUUCAUUUCCCACUAUUUAUCCCGUUUCGGACAUUACUAAAAUAAAAACAAAUCAGCCUCUACGCUACUGGUAUGUUUUACUUAAAAUAGAUUAGAAAUUCGUGGGGAAAUUGUUGGUUUGUAAUUAGUUCUUGGUGUUCUAACGGGUGAUCUCGGAAAAAGAUCUCUGUUUCCAAUCUUACUUUUUUGUGUGACUUAUGUGACGUAAUUGUUGUAAAUAUUUUGUUUUUCUAAAAGAGACCGCGGUAAAACAUUUUUCCACCAUUGUUAUAAGCAAAGUAUUCCGUACCGUUAGUUGAAGCCCGAAAUGCAACUUUUGAUCGAGAAACAGGUCCUAAUUAUUAAACAUGUCCUAACAUGAAGGAAAGAGUUGCUUACGCCCUAAGCUGAUGAAGGAAAGAUAAAGAUCCAAGUACAAAAAGACAGGUGGAAGGAGAACCGGAGUUCUCCAUUACAUAUCACAUUUUUUGAGACAUUGUAUAUGCACUAUUUCUAGAUGUAGUUGUUAUUGUAUAUUAUACAAGUGCAUCAGCCGGGCACUAGGCCUCAAAGUUCCGUAGUGUUGUCGUACUGCAUCAAUAACCAGUAACAUUAUCAAAAUUAAACUAAAUGAUUGAAAUAAUUUUGCGCCGCCAAUAUUUUUAACUUGAUACAAAAAUGGGAUGGAUCUCUAAAGUUCAAAUUAUGGGUUGUAUGAUGUACUUAAUUUUCAAUUUAGAGUGAGCUGUUUAUAAUGCAAUAAGAUUUUGUGUUCAAAAUUUGAAAAGUGCAGUAUAAGUCAAAGUAUAACCUUUCGAUAUUUUUAGCAUUAGUGUGACAAGUGUUGACUAACACUGCCCAAAUAUUUUAUGUGCCAAAAUAAGAAUGAGAGAUAUAGUAAAGGAUAGCUAAUCUUCCAAGAGAUUCUUUAAUUAUAAUAGUGGGCAGCUCAUAUUUUUGAAAUUUGUUUUUGUUUUAAUCAAAAUAGUCUUCCAAAUGAAAAGUACUAAAUUACAGUAACUCAAAUGCCAAACUGAUGAAACAUAUCACAGAAAUAAUUUUUUUCUCAUUAGUGUCUAUUUAUUAAGAAUUUUCUCUUUACUGCACUUAGAUUCUGAAGGUUUUGUGGUAAAGCAGCCAGAUAACGGGCGGGUGCCAUCAGCUCUGUUAAGCACUGGUAUUGACUGGGUAUUUUAUAAGUAAUUUGUACGAGAGUACAGAAAAUGGGACCAACUCAUCUUUUCGUACUAUUUUCUAAAAGAAUCAAUUCUCAGCCGGUAGAAGUAGCCUCGAAAUUACUCUUUGUCAACAAAAUCAGUACUGGGAAAUUCUACCGUGGAAAAGUAAAUUUGUGAAUGGUCCCUUCAAUAUAAAUUUCUUUCCUUUAUUCUUACCUCCAGUGGCAAAGUGAACCGUUCAGAGGCCCUUAUAUAGAGCUCAAUUAGAUGCGAAGAGUUUUUGGCGCCCAAUCGUUGCUUUUCGGUCUUUACAGCACCUGUGUUUGAUGCUUCGUAGGUGUAGUUUACCAUUAUUCUGUAAGUGUACACCGGACAAUCUUUUUAAUCUCGAGCACUUCUUUCACAAUUUCCUGGAUUGAUGACUCAAUAAUUAACGAGCUUAUGAGGGUCAAUAUUUUCGGGGCUCACGAAACUUGUUUGUUUUGUUGAUUGACGGCGAAAGUUCUUCCUGUGUUUCAAAUUUUAAACUAGUGUGGUUUUACAAAGAUAAAGCAAUACAUAGUGUUUUGAAAAAUCGAUGUGGUUUUACUUUACAGUUGUUUGUUGUAUUGCGUGUCGUUGAUUUUCUAGUAUUUGACUGCGGCGGCGAGACAAAAAUUGGAUGCUCAGUUUUGUCAGCAAAGUUUGUUAUUGCGACAAAGGAAUUUAUUUACACGCUUUGUAAAAUAAUAUAUAUGAGUGUUAUUGUGAUUCAAAAGAAAACAGCUGAAUAUCUAUGCAAUUCUUUGGUCUCAGAGCUGUUUCUAUGAGUUGAGGAGAAGAUGUUUUAUAGAUAUUUUAAAUAUGCCUCUUAAAUUACAUUUCAUUUAAUUGCAGCAGAGAUUGGAGGAAAUUACAUAUCAAACGUUAUUUUAUUGUUGAUUUUCCAUCCAAUUAAAGCAUAUCAAAAUAAAUUCUAUCUCCUCACAUAUCACAAGUCAAAUGAAUGUGAAUAAAAAAAAAAGGAGGAGUCUUUUAAAACUGCUUCUUAUAUUCUCAAUUAUUUAUAUCAGAUGGCUCCUCCUUAAUCAUAUCAAGAGAGUUCAUUUUCUUUGUUCAUUUUUUUCUCUUUUUUGUCAUGAUAUCAUAUUCCACGUUAUAACAUUUUUUACUCAACACUCUUGUGAACAUGUUGUAUUCUUUCUGUCUUGUGAAGCGGAGGAGAUGAGUCAAAUUGUUUCUGGUUAGCACAAUUAUUCUCUGGCGAGCACAAAUAUUCUACGUGUAACCUAAACAGUAUUGCUGAAUUUUUUUCAUUGACUGUACAGGAUUCUGUAUGGUGGCUAAUAAUAAAACUGUUGUUUCUUUUUACGUGAAUAUUCAUUCACACAAAUUCACAUGUUUCACCAAAAUUAUAAAUGUAUGUUAAUUGUAUGAAUGUUUACAAUAAAAGUACUUAUAAGAGAA